GCCCCCACGCUCUUCUCUUCACUCUGGAGGUGGCAAGACAAGGGAAAGGUUGGAGAAAGUUGCGCAGGGACCCACAGGCCCCUGUACUUACAAUAACAACAACACUGCAGCUACCGUCCUACAACACGGGACCCUCGCCUAUACUCCCUUCUACCUCGACUGUUAAAUGCCAAGAAAAGCAGUCAGACUCACCCAAGCAAAGACCGCUGCUCACAAGUGGAAACAUCGAACUGCCUUCGGGACAGACGCGUAGACAUCGACGAAAGCGCACGGGUCGUCGCCGUUGCUUUUUCUUUCUCAAUGCAUACCCUUUGUGCUCGGGGAACCAUGAAACCAGAGAUUAACGCUGCCGUCGGAUUUCUGUCCAGAUUUCUGCGGGUGAAAGGACAUGUAAAUGACCGACAGGUCCAAACAUUCAGCCAAAGCCUACAGGAUAUUUUGGCAGAGCAAUACAAGCACCACUGGUUUCCAGACCGGCCCUGUAAGGGUUCAGGGUACCGCUGCAUCCGCAUCAACCACAAGAUGGACCCCCUGGUGGGGCAGGCGGGCCAGCGCAUCGGCCUAACCAUCCAGCAGCUGUACCUGCUGCUGCCCAGUGAGCUCACUCUCUGGGUGGAUCCCUUCGAGGUCUCCUAUCGCAUCGGUGAGGACGGCUCCAUCUGUGUCCUGUACGAGUCUACGCCCACGCCCGUAGUACUGGCCCCCUCUGCCUCCAUCAGCUCGCCUUCAGGAGGCCCCUUGGUGGACAGUCACAUCAGCUGCAAGGAGGAACUGAUGGUGCUGGGCAGAACCAGUCCCUCCAAGGCCUACAAUAUGAUGACUGUGUCCAGUUAAAAUGGCUGCUAUAACUCAGUCAUUUUUGAUCAGGGUCACACCCUGUCUGGUCAGGUAUUUGAUCAGUGCAGGGUGAGCCUUUUUAAGCUAAGAAUAUGAAAUGAAAUAGUGAAAGAAGAAAAAAAAGAGAAAGGAUGUGGCCUACCAUCCAGGUGAUGGAAACCUUGUUAUUUUUACCCUUUAGCCAUUUCCCCCAUUCUGUUCUGUCAAACCAUUGAAUCAGUUGGGCACUCCCAUUUUUCCCGGGGAGGCUUUGUGGAAAUGGAACUGUUGGGGCAGCUAUAUCCCACCAACCAGGAACCUCUGGAGUCUGGCUUGUCAACUCUCCUCGACUGUAACAACAUUGAGAUCAGCUCCACCACUGAAGGGGCUAUCGGCAUCAAUAUUUGCACUUUUCUGACUUGUGGUUACUAUGGGUACACAUCCUGACUUGCCUGCAUUACACCAAAAUCAAAUUUAUGACAACACCAUUUUAAGAGAUUUUAAUUUAAUUUUUUAUGAAUGGAGAGGAAGUAAUUAAUUGACAUAUGUAUUUUUACAUAGAUAAAAUUUAACAAAGAAACCCCAAUUUCAAGCAUUUUUUGGACCACCGGGAAUUUCUCCGAAUCCCAAGUGGAAAGUUUGUCUAAAUUUAUUUCCUCCCCAAUCUACCAUAAAUGAAUAUCUACUUCCUGCCCUUAAGCUGUUUAUAAGUGCAAGUGGAAUUGUGUUUCUGACACCUGUUACCUAUGGAUACCAGCGUGUCCUAUUGCACUGUUGCUUACCCAUUAUUUGUGUGUGUAGCUUUCCAAGGAAGGCUCAUCCCUUCCUAAAAUGAAUUAAUGAAUGUUGUUGAAAUUCAAUCAAAAGUUCCUGUGUUGUUACUAAGCCCCCUCUCCCCACCAUUUUUCCACUUCUGUUUCACCAAAUUUCAAAGUGUAGCAAAGGGGUCCAGUUUUACCCACCUGUUGGUCAUGUGACCUGUUAGAUUUGACAUUGAAUGCACUUUGACAUGAGAUUGUGUGGGAUGUUUAUUUUUAUAGAAAAUUGCCUGCAUUCCAUCCAUUCGAAUGUCAUCUUUUCAUGCCGUUUAUUUGCCCAUCUCAUUUUAACUUUCGUACUUACUGUAGCUUUUAUGUUGAGAAACAAUUGUGUUGAUGAGGGACUGUGCAAGUCUGGGCUGGAGCAUUUUACACUGUAUUAACAUUUCAAAUCCGUUUUAGCCACAGUCAUUUUGGUUUGUGCGAACUUUCCAUCUGUUUGACACUGUCCUGGCUCUGGCUGCAGAGCUGUUCCCUCAGAGACACGUGUUGCAAAAUGCCGAUAGUUAUAAUGAUGGUCUGAAAGGUCUGGCCUAAGUGAUGACUGUGUGAGACUUUGGCCUGUGGAGGUCUGCAGCACACUGUUAAUGAUUCAUUUAAAUUUGAAUCCAAAUCGACCCCAGGCCCUCAGAGGCAUGGGUUUAAUUUACAUUUCCAGUCUCCAUAGAAACGAUGCCUACCUUUUUUGGAGGUACACUGCCUUAGUGAGACAUUUCUAUUAAGAGCCAUUUGUACACGUCUGGCUAAUGUCAGGCUCAAGUGUACCAGGUGCAAUAUGCUGUGUGGACCAGACUAAGGUGUCUGCCUUCCAGCCUGGUAGCUCCCCCGUCCCUUUUGUGGCGGUCAGUGCCUCAAGUUCCACAUAUCAGGCCUCAGCUCAGACCUCGUCCUGCCAAAGCAGACCAGCACGCUGCCAUCUGACCCAGUGGAGCAGGUAGACUUAAUGUGACACAUAUCAGCAUUCAUCACGGGGGGUGGGCUGAGGGUGCCAGGCAGGGGCUGUGUAAAGAGAAGGGGUGAGGGCCAGACUUUGUCCAGGGCAGCUAAACUUCCUCCACCCCUCUCAGGACUUAUCCAGCACCCACUGACCAGUGCCUGGCCCCAAUCGCUCUGCUCUCUAGUGAUGGAGGACAAACCAGCACACACGCAUGCCGUGAUCAAGGGGCUAGUGAGAAAUGCAGAAACGUAUUACAAAGUAGUUUGCUUGAGGGUACCAGGACAUUGUUUUAUUUUGAUCUCACUGGAUUGUGCUGCACUUGAUUACUGAUUGGAGUAGCAUCUUUGUUUACAUGCAUUUUAGGAUGACGGUUUGAUGUACCCCUCUUCACUUCUGUUUUGAGGCUCAGUGGUAGUGGUGUUAGAACAGAUGCUGGGACAGUGUUGCCAGGCCAACCCCUGGACACAUCUGUCACAGCAGACUGCUUCACCAGUCAUCCCAGACCUGUUUAUGUAUAAGCUUCUAAGCCCCAGAGGAUCAUGGGUACUGGAGCUCCAGCUUUUGAUAUGCACUGUACCCAGCCCCCUUCCCUGCUCUGCUGUCACAGGCCACUGAGGGGAGGACAGCAGAGAUCCAUGUAGACCAGAAGUUUGUUCCAUUUUAAAUUGUGCUGCUCCACACAGCUUGUCAUGAUUUGUGUUCCCCAAAAGAGGGGGUGCCCAUCUCUUCCCCUUACCUGUAUUUUAUGGUCACACUGAUAGUAUCAGCUCAGUCUCGGCUAACUCCGCUGUUGACACUUCUGCUCUUCAUGUUAAGAGGAUUUUAAUCUGGUAAACCAUUUUUAACAAUUUGUUUUUAAAGUUCCAUAUAAUUCAAAUUGAAGCCAAAAUCCUCUCCAGCGCCUCCUUCACUAUUUUAAGUUGGCUACUGGUAAUGUCCUUGGUAAUAUUGAUAACUUAAAUGGCAUCCAUUCAGCUUGUGCGCACAUAGGUUACAAAAUGAUGAGUGCUUUGAAUAGUCAGAGGUUAAUAGCACAUAAAAUGCACUAAAUAUGUCAAGUUGAAGUGACUUUGGAGACCAAGGAGUCUCUCUGGAAUGUAUUGCCAAACUCAGGCCUCAGACAUUCAGUAAUACCCUUAUGGAGAAGUUGUGCAUGUUAACAUAUGAAACAGAAAGGGAACAAUUUUAAUGUUGUCAAAUAUUGUCACCCUUUAGUCGAAUUAUUGCCACUUUCACAUUGGAGGGUUUCAAUAUUGUAGAAUGUAUUGUAACUGUACAAAUAGUAGAGUACAUAACAUUAUACUUGGGAAGUGCCAAUAAUUGCUAUCAGAAGGUGUUUUAGAUGUAUUCCUUUUGUAUUUCAUCUUUUAACAUGGAUAAUUCUUUUUCUAUGUGGAGCCAUUAGUGACGGGAGCAUUGGCAAGGACCAAAGUUGUUCUGGUGAAAAAUAUUGUUUCCAUGAUCUGUAAUUGUAGACAUAUCCUUUGUUUUUAUUUUCUUCUUUCAGUUUUUUCUAUUUUUUUCUUUUUCCUUAUUUACAUAAAAGCAGAAAAUAGACAAAAAAUCUGAGCUUACCCAAGAAAAGCUGUUUCUCGUGAUCUUAUGUCAGUACACCGUGUUCAGUCUCUUUUCCUUGGGUAUGUUGUGAUGAACUGCUGUAAAUUUGUACAGUUCAUGUAAAUUGAUUGUGCGGAAGUUGUACAGAUUUCUAUAUUUUGGAAGAAAAGUUUUUUUUUGUCUGUAAUAAAAGAUUUCCUAUCUUGGCAUCAUA